AGUAAAUAGACAGCGCCGGCCGCAUUAGCUAGUAGGUGCAUUAUAGCAGUUAUCUGGAAGACAGUAGUGUGGUCGUGUCUCGGGUGAAUGUUCUAGUAGUGGACGGAGCAGUGAUGUCUUCGGUUCAGUAUUUGAGAGAGUUUAUCAGCGAGCGACUAACAGCUGCUGCUGAGGAGAUAUUCACGGUCUUUGAAAAAACCAUCGUCCAGUACGAAGAAGAGGUCGAUCGUCAGCGCAGACUGCUGGAGACCGUUUUGAAACCUGAAAUAAAGCUGCACAGGAUCGAGCUCCCACAGCAGCAUGUCUGUAAGGAGGAUGAGGUUCUCACUGACCAGCAGCUCUGUCCCCAGGAGAGGAACUCCAGUCUGGACCAAGAGGAACAAGAACCUCCACAGAUAAAAGAGGAACAGGAGGAAAUGUUCACCAGUCAGGAGGGAGAGCAGCUUGUACUGAAGCAGGAGACUGAAACCUGCAUGUUGAUUCCUUAUUGUGAGGAGAGUGACCAUAAAGAACCAGAGGGUGAGCACCAGGUCCUCUCUCACAACUCUCCUGUAGCUGCAAGCCACGAUCAGAACAGAAGAAAACAUAUGGAUUCAGAAUCAACAGGAAAUGAAGAACCAAAUCCACCGAUGAGUUUUUAUGAAAAUAAAAGUCCUGGUUACAAUGUGGACAACUCUUCCAAAUCAGAGAUUAACUAUAAUACUCACACAGAGCUCCCACAGCAGCAUGUCUGUAAGGAGGAGGAGGUUCUCACUGACCAGCAGCUCUGUCACCAGGAGAGGAGCUCCAGUCUGGACCAAGAGGAACAAGAACCUCCACAGAUUAAAGAGGAACAGGAGGAAAUGUGCACCAGUCAGGAGGGAGAGCAGCUCGUACUGAAGCAGGAGACUGAAACCUGCAUGUUGACUCCUCAUGGUGAGGAAAGUGACCACAGAGAACCAGAGGGUGAACACCAGGUCCUCUCUCACAACUCUCCUGUAGCUGAGAGCCAAGAUCAGAACAGAAGAAAACAUUUGGAUUCAGAAUCAACAGGAAAUGACGAACCAAACCCACAGAAGAGUUUUCAUGAAAACCUGAGUCACAUUAGCAAUGUAGACAACUCUCCCAAAUCAGAGAGAAACUCUAAUACUCACAAAGUUAAAAAGUCUUUCAAAUGUGACACUUGUAGAAAAACGUAUGUUAGUAAGUAUAAAUUGAAGAUUCAUCUGAGAACACACACGGGUGAACAACCUUAUACAUGCAAAAUAUGCACGAAAAGAUUUGUAAGGAGUUUUGAUUUGAAGGUUCAUAUGAGAAUUCACACUGGUGAAAAGCCAUAUUCCUGCCAAACCUGUGGGAAAAGGUUCGGACGUAGUAAUCAAUUGAAAAUCCACUUGAGAACUCACACUGGGGAGAAGCCAUAUUCUUGCCAAACAUGUACAAAACGUUUUGUAUGUAGUAGUCAUUUGAAGGUCCAUGUGAGGUUUCACACAGGUGAGAAGCCAUAUUCAUGCAAAAUAUGUCAGAAAGGUUUUGUAAGGAGUUGUCAUUUGAAGGUUCAUAUGAGAACUCACACUGGUGAGAAGCCAUAUUGUUGCCAAACUUGUGGGGAAAGUUUUGGACGUAGUGAUCAAUUGAAAGUCCACAUUAGAACUCACAGUUGAGAAGCCACAUUCUUGCGAAACUUUUAUGAAAUGUUUAGGAAGUAGUGGGAUCUUCAAAGUCCAGAUGAUGGCUCCCAUGUCAGAAGCCGUACACCUGCAUUAUCUGUGGGAUAAGGUUGAGAGUUAAUGGAAAUUGUACAUUAACACAACUCAUGUAGUAGAUGUAGCGGCUCUAUGAAAUGUGCCUCAUAAAGAAACUUGCAUUUCCUUAAUCAUAAUAUUUCUUUCAAUAUUUGUUCCUAAGACUGAUGUUCCUGAUCUAGAUGUAUUACAACUACUAAAAUCUAAUUGUAAAUUCCAACAUUGCUGUGAAUCUACAGAGGCAGGUUCCCAAAUCUGUCAGAAGGGGGGUACUAUAAAAAUUUGAGAUGUGAAGAUAAAGCUGACUCAUAAAAGUUGGCCAUGUUCUAGACAAUGAUGGAUUUUUCGCAGUUUAGUAAGUCAAAGUUAAUUAAAACUCCACAUGGGAACUCACACUGUUGAGAAGCUGUUUUCCUGCAAGAUCUGUGGGAGAAGAUUCACACAGAAGAACACAUGAGAGAGCUCUUAGUGAAUGACUAAUGGUCCAGAUGAGAAGAGUUCACACUGGUGAGAAUUCCUUUCACUGUAACACCUCUCUGGGUAAAAAUACUUUUCUUUGACACAUUUGGAAAUCAUACGAGUUGAACGUGUCCUUAAAAUCUAUAUUCGUGAUCAAAAUAAUAUUUUAACAUUAUUAUUGUUGUUGCUGUUAUUCAAUUUAAGAAAAAUAAUAUUUCUCUACCGGUCUGUAAGUUAUACAGAAGGGGGGUACUUCUGUAUAACUUGCGGUCUGUAUAAGUUAUACAGACCGCACUAGCAGCGUUUGCUCAGAGCAUGUUAGCAGUUAGCUGGAAGACGGUAGUGUGGUUAUGCCUCGGGUAAAUAUUCAAGUUGUGGAUGGAGCACUGAUGUGGUGAGAGGCCAUUUUCAUGCUAAAUGUGUCUGAGACAUUUAUAAGGAGUUAUGAUUUGAAGGUUCAUAUGAGAAUUCACACUGGUGAGAAGCCAUAUUGUUGUAAAAUAUGUCACAAAAGGUUUGGACAAAGUGCUCAGGUGAAUUACCAGGUGAGGGGCCACAGGUGAGAGGCAAUCUUCUUGCCAAAGAUGUGGGGAAAGUCAUCACAUUGUGAUGUAUUGAGUGUUCACAUGAGAACUCAAACAUGUGAGCAGUCUCCAACACGUGAUAAAGCUUCUCUUAAUUUACACACAUGAAAAGUAAUUUAAAGUUUUAUACAGGUAAAAAUGUAUGUGUUUACAAAACAAGGAUGUAUAUAGGUUUAGUGUUAAUGAAGAUGAUAAAUGAUCUGAGGCUGUCCAGCCAUCCUGCAACUACGUCCUUUUCACGAACAUGUUCUUUAACUCACUGUAUUUUUUUCUUUAUCAUAUUGAUAUAAUUUGUAUAAUUUCAGUCUGCAGAGAAAAACCAACUCAUGUAGUAGAUGCUCUAUGCUCCUUUAUGAAAUUUGCCACAUGAAUAAAUUUAUAUUUUAAUGACUACAAUAUU